AUGGAGGCACUGAAGGUUAAGAUGUCAGAAGAUUUUACAAUGGAGGUCGAUAAUAUGUGUGCCAUUGAGUAUAAAAUGCCGAAAGCAUCAAAUUUGGAUAAUAUUGACAAUAGUUAUCCGCAAUGGCAGCGUUUCAAACAAAGUUUUAAAAUUUUCAUGAUGGCGGCAGGCUUUGAAAAAUUAUCAGAGACCAGAAAAGCAGCGACAUUACUUAAUUGUGUGGGUCAACAAGCUCAAGAAUUAUAUUUUAAUGUAUUAAAAAUGGAAGAAAAACCUAAAUUAGAUGAUGUCAUAAACGUGCUGGAUAAUUAUUUUGAACCAAAGCAAAAUGAACUCAUUAAGAGUUAUAAUUUCAAUAAACGGUACCAAGAAGAUGGGGAAUCGUUCGACGCAUUUACUCAG